CUCGGUUAACCCGCCCAGCUAUAUUUACACCAUCAUUUUUGGCGCCAUCCGUGGGACCGAUUUUUAAAGUUUUUUCGACCAGGUCAAAACUUUACCCCCACUAAAUAUCCACAAUCAUGUCUUCAAGAAAUCACAACGCUGUGUCAAGCCAGGCUGUGAGUGAAAGCACUCCAGCCAUCCCAUUGAUGAUAACUAGCAUGGGGACGACCUUUGCCCCGAUUACCACGGUAGGAUCAAUUGGCAUGAUUCCCAUCAUGUCAACCCCUACUCCUAAACCGAUGAGAACAAUGUUCCUGGGCUCGAUAACAACGCCUGGGGGAGCAUUAACACCAUACCCGUCAGCUUGGGCUCAAUUUGCUACUGACCCGGCAAAUGCUCAAGCUCUACAAGGUUAUCAACAAGUGAUGGCCAUGAUGCAACAGGCUGGGGGCUUUAUGCCAUGUGCCUACCCUGGGAUGCCACCAUUAAUGACUCCCAUGGAACCCCCGGUGUCGAAUCCAUCAACAUACGUUCCAAGGAUGGUCCUCGUGCGCCCGGUGAAUUUGACAGGGAUCAUGAAUGAGGCAGCGCCCUCAAAUGUCAAUGAGGUCGACGAGGCGGAGCAGGAGGCGGCUCGCAGGAGGAAGGGUAAGGCUAUAGCCAAACCCAGCCAAACCCAGGAUUUGGCGUUCAAACGCCUAGAGGACAAAGAGGAUGAACCCCGUAGGUCUGCCAAGCUACGUCUUGGUCCUGAGAUGGGCCGGACUAGCGCAAUGGAAAGACUUGGCGGGAGUCGUCCCGUUCAAUCUCGUCGUUCUAGGGAACUUGAGACGAUUCACCUAGACGAAGAGGAAGCUGAAAGCCAGCCCAAGGCAUCAGCGUAUACCAGAGGGAGCGUGGCAAGAAAGCUACGUGCCCUGGAGGAAAAAGUGGAAGAGAAGGCGGGAACAAAGAAGUAUACCCUGGCCAAAUCUCCCUUUUCAGCCAGGGUACAUGCGCAAAAACUGAGACGGAAGAUCAAGCUAGACGUGGAGAAGUUCACUGGAAAGGAGGAUCCGAAUGUCCACCUUGAUACCUUCCACAAUGGAGCACAGAUGGCCGAGUGCACUGACGCUGAGGAGUGUCUGCUCUUCUUCUCAUCCUUGAGAGGGAGACCAGUGGAAUGGUUUAACGGCCUUCCCCAUGGCAGGAUUGCGUCCUUUGAGAAACUUGCCGAGGUUUUCCGCAAGAAGUACCAGGACAACUACAUAAAGAGAAAGAAGUUCACCUACCUACACACGGAAGCCUAUAAUACAGCAUGGGAGUAUGCCGAGGCGGAGGUCCUGAACAAGAGCAAGCAGGAGCUGGAGGAAGGCUAUACAAAAGUGAAAGCCGAGAAGCCGAAGAAGGAUGACCAGGCAGGAGGGUCUAAGCCAAGGGCCACAUAUGACGGGUCAGUCCACCAAAUUAGGGAUGGGAGGAAGGGAGAACAACCCAAGCGGCCUUGGACACAGAAGUGGUGUACCUACCACCAAUCUGACUCCCAUAACACGGCGGACUGCCAAAACGUCAGGGCUGUGCUCAAAGAGAUGAUCUUGAGAGGGGAAUUGGAUGAAGUACUCGUUACGGGGCUUGAGGAAGACCCAUAGGCGAGUACUUGAAUCCGCCCACGUGGAUAGGAUCAGGGAAAUCAAAGAGGAUGGACAAAAUGUGGUCAAGAUUACUAAACUUGCUUUAGACGG